AUCAGUCAUCGGCGGGGCUCUCGGUGGAGCUGCUUCCAGCGGACUGACUACACAGCAAUGCGGACGAAGGGCAAUAACAAGGGGAAUAUUCCGGUUUUCUCUAGUAACCCGGUGGGCUUCAUUAGGCUGUGAGGCGUAAUUUAAAGAGUGGUUUCCACCCCGAAACCGGCGAGAAAGGGACGUUCCUUGAACUGGAAGCAGCUCCGGGGCGGAUAUUUUUCCCCGACGAAACGCGUAUCCACAUCCGUAUUCCAGGCUCCUGUGCUAUGGAGUAGUCUGCUGGAAGAAUGACUGCUUGAAUUUUUAUACUGCCUCGUAGCCUUUAAUUUUUUGGCCACUACUGCUUCCCCCCUUUUCCCCCUUUUUUUCUACAGACUCGCUAUGGUGGACUCCAAUGCCAUGAGGAAGACUUUUGUAGUCCCGGACAUAAAGCCAUUGGAUUUGUAUGAUUGUACUAAGGCAAAAAUAUGUGCAAGUGUCGGAUGGCUGUUGGCAAAGUCCUACGGCAAUGCAGAGAAUGUACCUGUGGAGCUGCGAGACCCCUUCUACUGUGACCAGUAUGAACAGGAGCACCUUAAACCGCCCGUCACACGCCUCCUGCUGUCCUCAGAGCUCUACUGCCGCACCUACAGCCUGUUACUGGGGAGUGCCGGGGUUGAGGCACACCCUAAAGACAAUGCCGCCUUGCUGCAGCUCCUGGCUAAGAGAGGAAUAGCCCCAAAAGACCAGGACACGGCAGUGACGGAUGCUGACCUCCGACACAAACCCAUCAAAAUGAAUGCCCACCUAGCCGUGAUGGAUGCCCUGAUGGCUGUGGGUGCUAUGGAGACUGUGGCUGUGGCGAAGACGUGCGGUGCUGCCGAGCUGCUGGGUGGAGCUUCCGGCUGGGAGGAGGCUUUGCUUCAUUGGGUUAACGGGUUAAACCAGAAGCUAAGAGAGCGUACAGAGGGAUCCCAGAGUGACCCAUCUCAAGCCAGCACAGAGCCCCAGCCUGUUCAACCCUCUAUCCGCUACAGGAAAGAUAAAAUGCAGUCCAUACAGAAACCCAUCUUCCCAGUGGUGAAUGAAGUCAAAGACCUGUCCAGUGGUUGUGCUCUUGCUGCUGUCAUACAUUAUUACUGCCCGGGCCUGCUAAGACUUGAAGAUGUUUGUAUGAAGGAGUCCAUGACUACAGCAGACAGCUUGUACAACCUGCAGUUUAUUCGUGAAUUCUGUGACAGCUGUCUGAAGAGCUGCUGUCCCUUGAUGCUGGAGGACAUGCUCUACACACCACAGGAGCUUCAGUGCAACUUGUUGAGCUUCCUAUCAGAGCUGCUUAACUGGUUUGAAGUGCGAAGGCCAGAGUUUGUUCAGCCAAUAGACACAGCAGAUGGCUCCAGACCAGUAACACCAACUAGUUUGAGUGGUAACAGUGGCUCUCCAUCUAUCUUCAAGAAGCCCUUCCUCCCUAUUUCCUCCCCUGCGUCACCAGCAGGUGUGUCAGGAUCUUUGACUCAGUCUACCUCAAUGUCUCAUAUAGAAGGAGUUGGAAAGACAUGGAGCAAGAAACCUCUCAGCCGCCCCUUGUCAGCAGUGUCCUUCAGCAUUCCCUUUGGCCUUGACAGUGAUGUUGACAUCGUAAUGGGCAACCCUGUCAUAACCCGUUCCGUCAGCUCAGACCAGCUCAAUCCAGCAAACCAGACCAUGACCCGGGUGCCCUACACCCCUCCUGAAGACCUCAGCCAUUUGCUUAGCAAAGCCCCUGGUCCCAAUGGACCCCAGAGAGCCUCCUGGGCUACUCAGACUCCCAGCAUUCCCCGUCUGGCAGAGGAGAAUGGCCUAGCAGAGAGCGAGACAGGAGAGCUGCCUACCAUUGAAGAGGCCCUUCAGAUUAUUCACAAUGAAAGCAAGAUGGAGCCUCGCUUACACCCUGAUGGUGCUCCUGAUGGUUUCUACCUCCACUCUCCUGAUGACCCUGCUAGUUCUAGACAUAACAGCAGCCCUACACCCAUCAGCUGCUCCGCCCCAACACGCUCAGGAAUGAUGUACCGACCCACUGGAGAUUCCAGAGAACCCAGUCGCACCAGAAACGUCUCUGAAUGUUCAAGAGAUGAUGACUCUGUUUUGAGAGAUGGCAGUGUAGACUCGGAUGCCUCAGAAGACCUCCCUAAGGCCCAGUCCACCCCAGCGACGCCUGCAGCUGGUGCACACUCUCUCAAGGAAGUAUCUGAUAGUGGUGUGAAGAUGACCAGCUUUGCAGAGCGCAAGAAGAAGCAGACUGUGGAUUCUCCCAAGGCCAGUGAGCCCCAGGCUCCACAGAUGACAUCCUGGGCACAGAAGUCUGAAGAAAGCCCCAGCAAAAACCCACAACUCAAUAAUGAGAUGUCUGAGCUUGGGGCUCGGCUUGAAGAGAAGCGCAAGGCCAUUGAAGCCCAGAAGAAACGCAUUGAGGCCAUUUUUGCAAAGCACCGGCAAAGACUAGGCAAGAGUGCCUUUCUGCAGUUGAAGAAGGAGCAGCGUGAGGAGGAGGGAGAAGGGGAAGAAGUAAAUGGCCAAGUCAGCACCUCCUCCACAGAAGAGGACCUGUGUCGCUUGACAUUGGAAGAAAGACUGGCUCAAAUGGAGGGGGAAGAGCAGCAGGAGAAAGACAAACAGCGCCCCUUAGUGGAGGAAGAGGGUAAUGUUAAAGCAGGGCUUCGACCUGACAAACAGGUUACUUUCUCCAAGGACAAGGCAGGUACACAAGGGGAGAAGGGGGCUGGUACACCUGGUGAGAAGAUAGUAGCUCCUUUAGGGGACUAUAACAAUGCCGUAUCCAAGCUGACUGCAGCCCUGAGCUCCUUACAAAGCGACAUGCAUCGGCUGUCUGAGCAACAGAACCAGCUAAUCAGGAAGAAAGCUGCAGCACCUAGCAACAAAUCCUGGGUUAUCCCACAGAGCCCAAAAACCUCCACCCCAGCCCCUCCACCUGCACGCCUGUCACGAGAAUCAACCCGGGACCUAAAUUCUGCGUCAUCCUCUCCAUCGCCAUCCCGCAAAAUCAUAAACCACACUACUCCCCCUAAAUCUCCCCAAGUCCAUCGCAGAGCCCAGUCUGUUCCCCCUAAAAGCCCCAAACACCACCACACUCGACCCCUAGACGUCAAAGUCCCAGCCCUGUCACGGGUUCUCACCCCACCUCAAAACGUGGACCGCAUCCCCCACCUGCGCCGUGUAAAUCCCUGGCAGUGCCAGGUCCAGACUUCCUCGUCCUUCUCCAUUGGCUCCUCUGACAACCUGGAUGAGCUGCGCUCAUCUGGACCUACUCCUGUCCCUUCACCGACUCCAAUCCCCACACCAAUUCCCACCUCAACUCCCCUUCCUCCAGCAGAGGACGCACUGUCAGAUGCAGGCUCUCAUGAUGAUCACAGUAUAUUUAGCAUGGACCUGGAGGCUGGGUCCUCACAGGGGGCUUUGGCCAGGACAGAGCGCCCUACAGGUGGGGCAAGCAGCUCUGGAGCCCCGUCAGAGUGCUCCUUCGAGAGUGACGUUCCUGCAGCGGCAUUUAAUGGCAAACGCAGCAGCCUGAUUGAGAUCUCCCUGUCAGCUCUGAGAGGAGACGGGGAGGAAGAAGACCAAGGGCAUGACAUCUUCUCUGAUUCUAUGAGUGACAUGACAGAACCGGAGAUGAAGGGAGGAGUCGGUUUCUUUUUUAAGGAUGACAAGGUACGACCGGAGGAUGAGAUGGCUCAACGGAGGGCAGCAUUGCUGGAGAAACAGCAGAAGAGAGCAGAAGAGAUGAAGAGACGCAAGCUCGAGCAGGAAAAGGAGAAAGAAUCCAAUAAGCCCCAGUGGAUGAUCAUUGAAGGCUGGGGGGACAAAAACGAAGACAGACCUCAGACCCCAGGAACUCCCCCAAGUUCGUGGACCCCACCAGCGGAGGGGACCCCCCAACGCAGAGGAGACUUCACCAGGCAGGAGUAUGAAAGGAGACAGCAGCUCAAGAUCAUGGAGGAUCUGGACAAGGUCCUAAGGCAGAAACCCACCACAGUUCGUGGGGUCAAGAAGCAGAGACCCAAAACUGUGUUCCGAGAUGACUCAGUCCUCUCCCGUAGCCCUGCCAAGGGCUUCAUGGGUACCAAGCUGAACAAGGUGUACUCCCACUCCACCAUGAACCUUUCCUCCAUGGCUAAUGACGCUGGAGGCUUGGCAGUCAGGAAGUCUCCCAGCCGCUCACAUUCUCCCUCCAGACUGAUGUCACCAGGACGGAUGAAUGCCCACAAUGGGGAGAAGGACUGGGAGAAUGGCUCCACCAUCUCCUCUCCUGCCUCAAUCCCAGAAUAUACUGGACCAAAGCUGUACAAGGAACCUAGCUUUAAGUCCAACAAGUUCAUCAUUCAUAAUGCUAUCUCUCGCUGCUGCCUGGCCGGCAAGGUCAAUGAACCACAGAAAAACAAGAUUGUAGAGGAAAUGGAGAAGAGCACAGCCAACCACUUCCUCAUUCUAUUCAGAGAUUCCAGUUGCCAGUUCCGCGCAGUUUACACCAUGAACCCUGAAACUGAGGAGAUGGUACGGCUCACUGGUAUUGGCCCCCGCAUCAUCACUCCUGAAAUGGUAGAGUCCAUCUACAAGUACAGCUCUGACCGCAAGCAGUUCACUGCCAUCCCGUCCAAAACCAUGUCCAUGAGUGUUGACGCCUUCACCAUCCCCAGCCACUUUUGGCAGAAGCGCCCAGGAACUCCUAAGAAGCUUGGCACUCCCAAAUAGAGAUCUCAUCUCCAAUGCAGCUUAAGACCCCAUGAGUCAGGGAACCAACUCUCAGCUGGACCCUUACCCACCUCUAUGUUUGGCCAGUGUUGCACUUCAGAUUUUUUAACUUGUUCAUUACCCAGAUAUACUAGUAGUGGAUGGUUAAAGAGUGGAUAGGCCUGUUGCCAGUUAUCAACCUGGAUCCUGAGAAUUACUCAAUCCAUUCUAUACGUCACAAGACAGAGGACCGGACAGUCAAUCACUACAGUCACUUACUCAGCCGUUCCUCUUGCUUGGUCUCUCAGGAGCUUAUGAUUGGUUCUGCCUGGUCUACCAAGACUGUAAAAUAAUUUAAUUGGACUGAUACUGUCUGGAUGAAGAAUUCUCUUUUCCCUUACACCCCGCCUCCUCCUCCUGCCUUGCCUUACCCUGCCCCCCUGAGUCAUUUGUGUGACUCUCAUGGUGAGAGUAAGAGGGGACAACUGCACUGCCUUUGCCCACAGAACAAUAUUUUGGGCCUGAGUAGUCCUGCCCCCUCUCUAUUCUACUUGCUUUUCCUUUUGCUGCCUUUUCUUCUUCUUCCAGGGCUCUCUCUCUCUCUCAUCUACUGAGACAAGCAGCUCAGCUCAGAUAGGAGAUCUCAGCUGAAUAUAAAUAGCAGGUAACCCUGCUCUAUUAUGAAUGUAGGGCACACACUAACCACUCAUUCCAUUUAGGGGUGUUUUCACUGGUUGGUUAGGACCAGAAAAUACCAUAGUGGGUGGUUCCAGUGGGGGCUGCACUGGUACUGGUGGCUGCUGUGGUUGUCUGUCAGUGGACCUGCACACCUAUAAACUGCCUGUGCCCCCAUAGUUAAGAGUGCACUCCAUUCAGCUCCAACUUUCCUUCAGCUGUAGACAUCUGGAUGUUUUUUUUUAUACUAACUUUGACAUGUGUUUGCUGGACAAAUCGCUUCAGCCUUUGAGAGCUGAAAGAAGAAUGAAAUUCAUCUGACUUUUUCCUCUUGCUGUAUCUUUUUUUCAUUUUCAAUAUGUGAUGAAUGGAAAUGUUACCUGAGCUAAUCUUGAGAAACAAUACUGGAACAUGAAGGAGGGCGUUAUUGUGUUUAUCAUGACCUGGAUACAGCUCUGUGUGAAAAUGAUAAUCAGUGCUGAUUUAAUAUAUAUUGAAUGCAGUUUAUUGCUGAUUUCUUUGAUUUUUGACAAUGAUUUGUAUAAAGUAAGUUGACCUUUGAAAGCUACAAAUAAGCUAGCCUGCUGCUUAAGCAUUUAGUGAGAUGUAUGUAUGAAAAGAGAAUGAGUGAAUGAAAAUGAGUAGAAAUUGUCAAACAGCUGAAACUUGCUGAAUUCUUCAGUCUAGGGAUUAAUAAAUCCUGAAGUUCAUGAGUAAGCUGUGUCUCUUUAUAUGAUGCACAGUUUGUGUGUUCUGGCACAUAAACAGUAGGUUUCUUGAUGAAGGAUUAUUCAGGACUCUAAGAGCCCUCAUCUUCUCCAGAGUCCCUAGAGACUUCAUUUAUGAAUGGGGGAAUGUAAAUGGCCAUUUUUUUAAACAAGUGUGUCCAUUCUAUUAGGAAGAGGCCCUUCACUUUGCAAUUACUGGUAUCCAGGCCAAAAUAACCACAAAAUUUGUGGAAAUUUGGCCUUGCUCUCUCCCCUUGCCUUCUUUAGCACUACAGCAGCUGACCAGGUGCAGCUCAUAUGUGUCCUGUCUUGUUUCACAUCACAGACUGCCUCGAAAAAAUGUAUUGUGUAAAAGAGAUUCCAAUACAGUGUGAGAAAAAUUGUCAGAGCAAAAUUUUGAGAAAAAAAAAGGUAAGAUGCUUGAUUUAAAGUGUGCAUGAAUGAGCAAAUAUGGAAUUAGUGGAUGUUUGUAUAUAUGUGUUUGUAAAGAAUAGUAUGUGUGUAGUCAAAACACUAUAUCCUGAUUCUGUGCAAUUCUCCCCUAGAAAUGACUAUGUCACCCAGAGGUGUAUUUAUUUGGUAUGGAUUAGAUGGUGCAUUUGAUGUUUAGUUUCAAUUUCUAUUAUUUAUGUCCUUUUUGGUUAAGGUGGUGAUUCACUCAUUCAUUUCAUUCAUGUCUUAUUUUGUCCUUUUCUUUCUGCUCUGUCAUGACAUCUGUGCCAGCACAGUAACUGUUUGUUUCAUACACUGACUACCAAUCUCUCCCUGGCAACUGGACCAGACAAAUAAAAAUCCUUUUUAAAUCAUAAA